UAGAGACCCAGAGGAGUAUAUUGAAUUACACAAACGAGAAAGCGAAAUCUAAGCCAGUCAAUUUUUGUCUUCAAUCGCCAUUGUACAAAUAUUUAAAUAUUUUUUACAUACCUCGAUUAUAAACUUCAAAAAUGGGUUUACACGUGUUUUGGCCUGCAAGUGCAGUUUUGACUCUCUUCGUCGUGGGAGUAAUAAUGAUUUUGUUAAAGUUUGGACCGAGAAUUUGCAAGACAAGACAUGUGCCUUUUCCUUCCGAUGAAGAAUGGGAGGAAAAGGCAUAUUCGCGUGAAAUGUCGGUUUCAAUUGCAUAAAAAACUGGUGAGAAUUUUCCGAUUUUUGUAAGUGCUUUGAAAAGAAAAAAACCUUCCAGCUUCCGAAACUUCUUUCUGAAAAUUUCUCUAAAAAUUAUUCUUAAACCGGACGACUCUAAAAGUUUCUGACGAAAGAAAUUUUUGGGGAAAUGUUUCUAAGGCUGGAAGGUUUAAAAUUAACUCGCCUAAAGCUUAUAUUUUGUAAAGCUUCUUCUCAUCAUCGGAUAUUAUUUACAAGUGUUCUAAUAUUAGAUAUUUUAUACGUCUAGUGAUUCAAUUACCACUGCACAUAAAGUCUUAUACUGAUGGCAUUUGAAUUUAAAAUUAUUAGACAGUAAUUAGAAUAAAAAAUUCAGGAUAUACUUUAGUCAUAGAAGAAAGACUCUUAUGUGCGAUUUUAAAUCGUCGAAUUUAACAAGUCCGUCCAAUUGUAGACUACAUAUAAUAGGUAUUUUUAUCCAGAUUUUUUACGAAUGAGAAAGUUUAUAAUGCUUGCUUACGUCUGGAGAAACAAUGCAAAAGUAUUCAUUAGUAGUAAGAUUCUAACACGGUCCAGCUUUUUUAUACAAAAAAUUAUUGCUUUUUAGUUUUGUUAAAUUCAUUCCAGCGAGCAAGUCGAGUACAUAUAUAUAUAUUUUUUAAUUAAUAUUGAAGUUGCAUUUUACAUCUACUUUUAGAAGUAUGAUUGCACAGAUUUUAAAGCCAAACUGUACCGAACCGUACCCGAAGUUCAAAGAUUUUUUAUAUAUAUUUUUACUUUUGUAAGUGCCUAUAUAGAAUUGUAAUAUGUGAAUGUAAUUUUAAUAAAUUUAUAUUUACCUCGAA